AUGUUGAAAAAUUCAACUUCGCAACAUUCAGAGAAAAAACAUGAAAACGAGGUGAAAAUGCAAAUAAUCUAUGGAAUUAUACUGCCACUGCUCGCCAUCCUGGUUGUUGUCUCCAAUAGUGUCGUGAUUCUGGUUUUGAGUCAACAGAAAUCGAAACGCGCCAGCAUUGAACCUCUCCUCUGGAUGGCCAUCUCCUCCCUGCUAAUGGCAAUUUCUCCACUUCCAUUCACAAUAUAUUAUUAUAAUCUGAGCCAUCAUCAAGACUUCAAUCAGACCCUUUUUAUGUGUUAUUUACAGAAGAUUUGCAUGGAAAUUUUGCCCUUCUUUUUCAACACACUUGUCACAUUAUUCACAAUUUUGUUAGGUGUUCAAAGAUUCAUAGCCGUCCAGUUUCCCAUUCAAUCCCUUCGAUGGUGUACACCGAAAAUGGUCCGUCGAUAUUCAAAAUUGAUCCUUUUUGUGGCUUGUUGCUUAACAGCAAUCCACUCGUCGUACGAUAUACGACUACUUUUUCAUUUUUGUUUGACGUACGGCGACGAAUCCUUCUGGGUGGCGCGCUGCUUCAUUGGCUACUCCUCUCUAACCUCUGCAAUGGGUGCCGAUGCGUUUUCGGCGAUGUUUGAUUAUUUUCGAAUUGGAUUGGUGGUGGUCUCUAGUGGAUUGCUUUUAUUGGUCACUGUUUUAUUAAUACAGACGAUUCGGACCCAUGACAAUCCAAAGCAGGGAGUCCACCGACACAAGAAUCGAAAAACCUCAACAAAUACAACUAUAAUGUUAACAGUGAUAAUUGUAAUUUACAUGUUGGCCAGGGUCCCCUCCACAUUGCUCAUUCUUCUUGUCAAAAUCAUGGAUUAUAUGCCAGUGCCUCAGGUGGCAUUUGCCAUUGUCAAUAAUGUAUAUUUACGGGUUUUUGCCAAUAUUACUGUCAUUUCUCUUCAUCCAAUAUCAUUUGCUGUUUAUAUGUUCAUGUCGAGGAAGUUUCGAGUAUCAUUGAGAAGGUUGUUGGGCUGGAGAUUUCUAGCGUCCGAUGAGGAGUUCAAUGCCUUCACAUCUUCUGCACGCAUCCACACAGCUCAUGCAAAGAUGUCAUUGGUGGAAAAAGAGAGCUUAUGUGGCGUUCGUGUGAGCAGGUCCCCUGGUACUGGUGGAAAUCAGAGACGUGGAAUGUCUGUCGAUUUCAAAUGCUCUUUCGAUUUGGAGCACCAAAGAAGACGUCGAGCAACGACGGCCGACGCGAAUCAUGUCAAUUUCAGAAGUUUUGCAGAGGAGAAGUCGGAAAAAACCACGGAUAUUUCGAAAAUUUGCGAGGAUUAG